AUAACCAUGUAUGCUACCAUAACCACCUUAGCCCUAACUUCCUUAAUUCCCCCCAUCCUCGGCGCCCUCAUUAACCCUAACAAAAAAAACUCAUACCCCCAUUACGUGAAAUCCAUUAUCGCAUCCACCUUUAUCAUUAGCCUUUUCCCCACAACAAUAUUCAUAUGCCUAGACCAAGAAACUAUUAUCUCGAACUGACACUGAGCAACAACCCAAACAACCCAACUCUCCCUGAGCUUUAAACUAGACUAUUUCUCCAUAACAUUUAUCCCCGUAGCACUGUUCGUUACAUGAUCCAUCAUAGAAUUCUCACUAUGAUAUAUAGACUCAGACCCCAACAUCAACCAAUUCUUCAAAUACUUACUUAUCUUCCUAAUUACUAUACUAAUCCUAGUCACCGCUAACAACCUAUUCCAACUCUUCAUCGGCUGAGAAGGCGUAGGAAUUAUAUCCUUUCUACUCAUUAGCUGAUGGUACGCCCGAACAGAUGCCAACACAGCAGCCAUCCAAGCAAUCCUAUAUAACCGUAUCGGUGAUAUUGGUUUUGUCCUAGCCCUAGCAUGAUUUCUCCUACACUCCAACUCAUGAGAUCCACAACAAAUAAUCCUCCUAAGUACUAAUACAGACCUUACUCCACUACUAGGCUUCCUCCUAGCAGCAGCAGGCAAAUCAGCUCAACUAGGCCUUCACCCCUGACUCCCCUCAGCCAUAGAAGGCCCUACCCCUGUUUCAGCCCUACUCCACUCAAGCACCAUAGUCGUAGCAGGAAUCUUCCUACUCAUCCGCUUCUACCCCCUAGCAGAGAAUAACCCACUAAUCCAAACUCUCACGCUAUGCCUAGGCGCUAUCACCACCCUAUUCGCAGCAGUCUGCGCCCUCACACAAAAUGACAUCAAAAAAAUCGUGGCCUUCUCCACUUCAAGCCAACUAGGACUCAUAAUAGUUACAAUCGGUAUCAACCAACCACACCUAGCAUUCCUUCACAUCUGCACCCACGCUUUCUUCAAAGCCAUACUAUUCAUAUGCUCCGGAUCCAUUAUUCACAACCUCAAUAAUGAGCAAGACAUUCGAAAAAUAGGAGGAUUACUCAAAACCAUACCCCUCACUUCAACCUCCCUCACCAUUGGGAGCCUAGCAUUAGCAGGAAUACCCUUCCUCACAGGUUUCUACUCCAAAGACCUCAUCAUCGAAACCGCUAACAUAUCAUACACAAACGCCUGAGCCCUAUCUAUUACUCUCAUCGCCACCUCUCUGACAAGCGCCUACAGCACCCGAAUAAUCCUCCUCACCCUAACAGGUCAACCUCGCUUCCCAACCCUCACCAACAUUAACGAAAACAACCCCACUCUGUUAAAUCCCAUUAAACGCCUAACCAUUGGAAGCUUAUUUGCAGGAUUUCUCAUUACCAACAACAUUCUCCCCAUAUCUACUCCCCAAGUGACAAUUCCCCUUUACUUAAAACUUACAGCCCUAGGCGUUACUUCCCUAGGACUUCUAACAGCCCUAGACCUCAAUUACCUAACCAGCAAGCUCAAAAUAAAAUCCCCACUAUAUACAUUUCACUUCUCUAAUAUACUCGGAUUCUACCCUAACAUUAUACACCGCUCGAUCCCCUAUCUAGGCCUUCUUACAAGCCAAAACCUACCCCUACUUCUUCUAGACCUGACCUGACUAGAGAAACUAUUACCUAAAACAAUUUCACAGUACCAAAUCUCCGCUUCCAUUACCACCUCAACCCAAAAAGGCAUGAUCAAACUUUAUUUCCUCUCUUUUUUCUUCCCUCUCAUCUUAACCUUACUCCUAAUCACAUAA